UUUUAUGUUAUCUUGUUUACUUUUUUUUGUAUAAACGAUGCUCAUCCGUUGCUGACCUUUUCAUAAAAUAAAGAAAGAGGCUUACGGAAGUUAAACAAGUAUAGGAAAAAAGCUUUAAAAAGGAAGAAUGGCGUUUCGUUACUUUAUCUACUUAUUUUUAAUUAGGUUUCGAAAGGCUUAAUUAGCACUCAAGCAGAAGAGAUCUAUAUAUAUACCUAUAACCUCUUCCAAGGAAAGAUAACGGUAUGCUUGAGAUUAAGUGAAAACAGAGCAAGGCAUGAAAAACGAAAGUGAUUAGUAAAAUGGAGAUAGAGAAGGUAGAAGACUCAGCAGCAUUGGGUGACUCCGGAGGAGACUUCGACUGCAACAUAUGUUUGGAUCAAGUACGUGACCCGGUCGUGACAUUAUGUGGCCACUUGUUUUGUUGGCCCUGCAUAUACAAGUGGACUUAUUCCACCAACAAUACAAGAAGACGCGUCGAUCAGUACGAUAAAAAGGAGUCCCCAAAAUGUCCGGUCUGCAAAUCUGAUGUCUCGGACGCUACGCUUGUCCCUAUCUACGGCCGGGGGCAGAAAAUACCCCAGUCCGGUUCAAACGUACCGAACAGACCACCCGGUCCGCUUUAUGACUCAAGAGGAGUUGGUCAACGUUUAGGAGAAGGUGAGAGUCAACGGUACAUGUAUAGAAUGCCUGAUCCAGUUAUGGGUGUGGUAUGCGAAAUGGUAUAUCGGAGACUAUUUGGAGAGUCUUCUACGAACAUGACACCGUACCGUAGCGACCAUGACAUAAGUCUACGGUCAAUGCGGCGGACAAUGCAGGUGGAUGAGUCGCUAAGCAGAGUCUACUUGUUCCUGCUUUGCUUCAUGGUUAUGUGUCUACUUCUCUUCUAGUUAUAAUGUCAUUUCGCCUAAUAAUGAGUGUGCAUAUUACUUAUACACAUGGAUCUAACUAAGAGUGUAUAUAUGUGGUAUGUGUAUGUGUGUAAGAGUGUUGAAUCCUGAAACCGCAUGAUGAGAAACAUAAUAAAGUCAAAAUCAAGAAACGGCACCAGUUGGCUUUUA